AUGAAGCAAGUCGCCGGUUCCGUGAAGCUCUUCUUGGCCCAGUACCGUGAGGUCGCUGCUUUCGCUCAGUUCGGCUCUGAUCUUGAUGCCGCCACCAAGCAGACCCUCGCCCGUGGUGAGCGGUUGACCGAGCUCCUCAAGCAGAAGCAGUACUCUCCGUACGCCGUCAACGAGAUGGUUCCCAUCAUCUUUGCCGGUGUCAACGGUUACCUCGACUCCGUCCCCGUCGACAAGAUCCUCCAGUGGGAGGCUGACUUCCUUGCCCACCUCAAGACCAACGAGGCCGACGUCCUGGCCACGAUCGACAAGGAGGGUGCCAUCAGCAAGGAACUCGAGGCCCGGUUGAAGGAGAUCGUCCCGGCCUUCAUCAAGAGCUUUCUGGGUUAA